AUGAUUAAGUAUUUAAGAAAGGUCAAGAACUGUCCAAUUGGAUUUGUUGAUUUAAAUGGAUUUUGCGUGCAGCAGGCCUUUAGUUGUCCUCAAAAUUAUAUACUAAUCAACGGUGUAUGCCACCCAUCAACCACUUAUGUUCCAAAUCAAAAUACUCAAACCAUAACUAAUAAUCCACCUAUACCAACUGCUGUAUCACCUCAAAAUACUGUUCCAUGCACUAAUCAAGUGACAACUAAUAAUCCAGCAUUGCCGGGGACCGUAUUAUAUACCACAAUCACAACAUGCACCAGUACUGUAUUAGCAGCAAAUACACCGUGUACAAAUCAAGCAAUAUAUUCAACGUCGCCCUGCACUAGUAGUCCAAGUUCUAAUGUUAUACCCAGUUUAACACCUGCUCCUUGUCCUAAUAAUCCACCUACAUUAUAUCCCAAUACUAUACCUGCACCAUGUCCUAAUAUUAUACCAAGUGUAACACCUGUACCUUGCCCUAAUAUUUCACCUUCACCAUACCCAAAUAUAACCCCCGCUCCAUGUCAUAACACCGUUCCAAGUGUAACACCUGCUCCUUGUCCAAAUAUUCCACCCACACCAUACCCAAAUGUAACGCCCGCUCCAUGUCCUAAUACUGUUCCAAGUAUAACACCUGCUCCUUGUCCAAAUAUUCAACCCACACCAUACCCAAAUGUAACGCCCGCUCCAUGUCCUAAUACUGUUCCAAGUAUAACACCUGCUCCUUGUCCAAAUAUUCAACCCACACCAUACCCAAAUGUAACGCCCGCUCCAUGUCCUAAUACUGUUCCAAGUAUAACACCUGCUCCUUGUCCAAAUAUUCAACCCACACCAUACCCAAAUGUAACGCCCGCUCCAUGUCCUAAUACUGUUCCAAGUAUAACACCUGCUCCUUGUCCAAAUAUUCAACCCACACCAUACCCAAAUGUAACGCCCGCUCCAUGUCCUAAUACUGUUCCAAGUAUAACACCUGCACCUUGUCCAAAUAUUCCACCCACACCAUACCCAAAUGUAACACCCGCUCCAUGUCCUAAUAUCGUUCCAAGUGUAACACCUGCUCCUUGUCCUAAUGUUCCACCAUCAUCAUAUCCCAAUACCACACCCACUCCAUGUACUAAUACUACACCAAGUCCAUGUCCUAAUGUUACUCCAAACUCAACACCUACUCCAUGUCCAAAUAUUACUCCUAAUCCACUACCUAUUCCAGAUCCCAAUUCUACCCCAACUCCAUGUCCCAAUCCUGUACCUACACCAUGUCCUACUACCCCCGAUCCUUUACCUACUACCACCGAAUCAACCAUUACAACAACAUCAUCACCUGAAACGCCACCACCCGCGAGUAUAACACGCUGUCCUGAUGGUACUGAACUCAUACAUGGCAUUUGUCGUGUUAUUUUUUGCGGCAGUGGAAUUUUUAAAUCCGGUCGUUGCAUACAAACAGUUUGCCCUAAUGGUACCAUUUGGAAAAACAAUAGAUGUGUACAUCCAGAACCAAUUAUACACAACAUUAAAAUAAAUAAUACUAUUACAACAACGUUUAAUCGCAUUGAACCUGACAUAGUUGUCAAUAAUGUCAACAAUUUAAUCGUCAAUGCAUCCAUAAGUAUACCAUUGCAACCAACAGCGAUUGAUACUAAUUGCGUUGAGAAUAAUCCGGAAUGUGAUACAAAUACGGAGGUGUCAACACCAAAGCCAGAAACUCCAUGUUGCACUAUAUUGACGCCUCGAAUAUGUAAAAAGAGCACAGCUGGUGAAAAACCUUGGAAAUGCUAUAGCAAACGUUUUAAACGUUGUGGUAGUUUUUGCGUUACUCCCAUUAUUUAUUUAAAAACGGAACGAAUAUAUUAUGUAGAUAAUUAUAUGGUUGUACCACCUAAUACUGAGUUCAACUACUGUCGCAGAUUUGGUACAUGUCCUGAAAGCCAGGACUAUUAUGACUGUUCUGGUUGUGCCUACGGUAAUCCAGACAGCUGCUCUUCGUAUUGCUAUCAAUAUAUGUGCAACACACGUACUUGCAGUUUUUAUGAUCAACGUCUAUACUGUGGCUUGGAUCCCAAUGCUUACGGAUGUAAUGAGGACGACGGCUGUUUUGAAAGCUAUUGUUCGCGGCGAUGAGUUGCACUUAAGCUUAAAAAGUAAAUUAAGAAUAAUUUAUAUUCGAAAAGAAUAAAUGGAAAUAAAUUUAUG